AUGUACGGGAUGCAGCAGCAGCUGCAGCCCGUCGCGCUGCCCCCGCACCUGCAGCAGCAGCAGCAGCACCACUACUACCGGCGCCAGCAGCACUACAGCACGCUCCCCGCCAGCCGGCGGCCCGCCUGCUGCCCCGAGCCGCUGCCGCGGCCCCUGCCGUGCCCGGAGCCGCCGCCGUGCCCCGAGCCGCCGCCGUGCGCGGAGCCGCUGCCGCGGCCGCAGCCCCUGCCGUGCCGCGAACCGCCGCCGUGCGCGGAGCCGCUGCCCCAGCCCCUGCCGUGCCGCGAGCCGGCGUCCCACCAGCACCAGGAAAGCAAUGUGGCGUACGACCGGGUGAGGACCUACGGCCCCGGGUGCCGGCGGGUGAGCACCUCCUGCUCCUCCCGCGCGGGCUCGCCGCUGGAGAGCUCGCACGGCUACCAGCAGGUCAUCGCCGGCUGCGACCCGCCGCAACAGGGCACUGUUCGGAGGAUUAUUAUAGAGAAUCCUGAACAGGAGCCAUUAUCCCCAUUUUUUAGAGGAGGGAAUUUCUAUCCUGGAAAUAAUGUCAUCUAUGAAAAAACAAUAAGAAAAUAUGAGCUAUUAAAUCCUCACCAGGAGAAGCAGUAUCAAUUUUCACACCAAUAUCAAAUUCCCCAGCAAUCAGAUCAAUGUCAUGUUAUCCAGCCUUGCCAGCAGUCUGAACAGUCCCAGGUCACUCAUCAGUGCCAGCAAACACAGACUGGUAGCCCCUGCGAAAUAAUCCCAGUCUCUGUGAGUGAUGAUUGCAGAGGAAAUACCGUGAGGAGGGUAACAGUCCAGACAUGUGAGCCGGUGAGUUGCCCUCAGGAAAAUAAUGACCAGCUGGAUUGCCGCUACUUUGGUGAGCUGCUUGCUGAACUGAACCGCAAGACCAAUGACUUGCACAGUUGUUUACUACAGCAUGUGGAAAAGAUAGGCGGGAGGAACCAUGACAUUGAACUUACCAGUCAGACUGAAGAUGUUGAAGAUUUAAUUCCCAAAGGACUGUCUGAGGCAACAAAACAACAGAUUCGUUAUCUCCUUCAGAUGCGAGUGACAUCAGAUAAAUCAUUGAGGCUUGUGCUUUCCACUUUUAAAAAUUUACGUGAAGAGCUUUGCCAUUUACAGGAUGAUUUGGGGAAAUUAGAAACCGACAAUGUCUGUCUUAAGAAGGAUUUGUCUUUUAAAGAUUCACAAGUUAAAGAGUAUGAAACUAUGCUGACUUCCUUGAGAGAAAAUAAUCGUCAGCAGCAGCAAGGACUCAGAGAGAGUACUGCAAAAUGUCGCUCUCUGGAAGAACAGCUCCUUUCUCUUCGGCUCAGUGAGGGAGAAAAGGAUUGCCAAUUAAAAGAACUGGAGUACUGCAAGCGUGCCUUGGAGCAAGAGAUCCAGAACUUGAGACUACAGACCUGUUCUAAUCCAACGCUUCAGACCACCACAGAUGAACUCUCUAGCCGUUACGUAGAGAUGAUCAACAACUUGAGAGAGGAUAAAGAUCGUGAGAUCCGCAGUCUUAGGUCUCAGUUAUCACAAUUCCAGCAAGACAUAUCAAGAAGAGAAGGAAAUAACAGUGACUUGCAAAUAAGGUUGCAUGAACUGACAUCAAUGCUGGAGGAGAAAGAUGCUUUUAUUAAGCAACAACAAGAGGACCUUUUCAGAUUGAAGCAAGAGAGAUUAUCAUGCAAUCAGUCCCCUGGUACAACAGCCACCAUCAUUAAGAAGUACAGGAAUCAGUAUCCAAUUCUAGGUCUCUUGUCUGAUGACUACAAGGUUACAUCACCAGUCAAUAAAUCACACACUAUUGUAAUUGAGAGGACUGGAGAAAUAUGGAAACAUGUAAGUUUACUUAGAUUAACUAUACUAUUUCAGAAAUCUUUAAGUAUUUCAAAGAAAACAUUAGCCAAAGUUGGCUUGCAAGAAAAAGCAGGAGUUAAUUUAACUGGGCUGCAAAAAGCAAAAAGUGACUAAACUCAAGGAGCUGUAUUUGUUGCAAAACAGCAAUAAUUGUUAGGUAGAAUACAAAAAUAACAACUUGGUAUUUUUUCAC